UGAACAAUGGAGUUCAGGUGGACUGGCAGUUCACAGCUAUUUCUAGCCUGACCUUACUGCCUCUGGGAGAUGAGACCUUGUCACUGGGUGCCGACCACUCCCCAGUAACUAGUGAACUGAGGGUACACGUGAAAAAGGCACACGCAAUACAUUAGGGUUUGGACACCACCUUCCUGCCGGCGCGUUCGUGGAAAACCGCAGCGUGCCCAGAAGCUGAGCUUUCCCACACCGCCUCGGGGUCUCCGGGGUCGCCGGCUGCCGCACCCUUCCCUCCGCCCAUAGGUGGAGCCCUUUGCGAGGCCUCGCCCGCCCCGGAACUUCGACUCUCUGCUCGCGGCGGAGGACCCCGGUCUCCGCGCUACCGAGCCAGCCUGCUCCCCGAUGCUGCGCGCCCUGCCCCGCGCGCUGCGCCUCUCGCUCCCCUGGGGGUCCCCGGGAUCCCGCGGCUGUGCUUCCAGCGCGACGACUAGGACACCCGAGAUCCAAGUGCAAGCGCUGACAGGUCCGGACCAAGGAAUCACUGAAAUUCUGAUGAACAGACCUCAUGCCCGAAAUGCCCUGGGGAACGUCUUCGUCAGUGAGCUGCUGGAAGCUCUGGCCCAGCUUCGGGAGAACCAGCAAGUCCGCGUCCUGAUCUUCCGAAGUGGAGUGAAGGGUGUGUUCUGUGCAGGUGCAGACCUGAAGGAGCGGGAGCGGAUGACUGCUGAGGAGGUGGGGUUCUUUGUCCAGCGCCUCCGAGGCCUAAUGAGUGAGAUUGCCGCCUUUCCUGCACCCACUAUUGCAGCCAUGGACGGGUUUGCCUUGGGCGGGGGCCUGGAACUGGCCCUGGCCUGUGACCUCCGAAUAGCAGCUUCCUCAGCUGUCAUGGGGCUAAUUGAGACCACCCGAGGACUUCUCCCAGGAGCAGGAGGGACACAGAGGCUGCCCCGCUGCCUGGGUGUGGCCCUAGCAAAGGAGCUAAUCUUCACAGGCCGGAGACUGGAUGGGAUGCAGGCCCAUAAGUUGGGCCUGGUAAAUCACGCUGUGGCUCAGAAUGAGGAGGGAAAUGCUGCCUACCACCGGGCACUGGCUCUGGCUCAGGAGAUCCUGCCCCAGGCUCCCAUUGCUGUGCGACUGGGCAAAGUUGCCAUCGACCGCGGAAUGGAGGUGGACAUUGCAUCAGGGAUGGCCAUUGAACACAUGUGCUAUGCCCAGAACAUCCCAACUCAGGACCGGCUGGAAGGGAUGGCAGCCUUCAGGGAGAAACGACCCCCAAAAUUUGUUGGCAAGUGAUCCAGUUAAUUUUAAACACACACCAUAAAAUAGGAUGCAGAGGAAAAGUCUGCAGGCUAGCCCUCUUAAGCUCACCUCUGGCUUUCAGUUUCUUCACAAGAACAAUGACAGACACUGUGACUGGCAUGGUGCCUAGAACCAAGGCGCUGACCAUGCCACCCACUGCCACCUUCCACAUUGCUCACCUUGGCUAGUCAGUGGGACCCAGGCCUUCCUGGUUCCCUUCACUCAAAGAAGCUUUGGGUUUGUGUCAUGGGCUCUGAUCAUCAAGGAACACUGAGAAGGAAGUCACAGAACAAAUCCAUCCAGGUUUACCUGAACAAGUGUCAGGAGCCAGUUCAGAGAUCCCAGCUCUCUGCAGACAACUCUGUGGAAAUUCUGGACAAAGCAUUUAACCUCUCUAGAAUUCGGCGUUUUUAUCUGGAAAUAAUCAGUUGCGAUGACUUAAAAUCCCUAUGUUCAAUAAACAUGCUACAGCAUUA